AUGGGCUUCAAAUUCACGCUUCUGUGCGAUCUGCUUUCGUCUCUAGAGAACAACAGAUUCGUCAAGGCCUCGACCGAGGCUACACGGAACGACCCUGAUGCCCGCGUUGUGACACGUUGGUUUGCCCAACAUGGCAAGCGUCUGCGUGACAAGUACACGGACCAAUUAGCCGUGCUGUCAUGUAUGUUUCCGGAGAAACGGACAGACAGGGUAUACGGGCUACAAGACAGAUCACUGGCGAGAGUCAUAGGCCGAUGUCUACUCCUUGGAUCGUCUCGACGCGAAGAGCUCGAGCAAUGGCGUCAGUCUGGCGGAGCAGACCUGGGACAGUGCGUUGAGAAUGUUAUGCGCCAGGCGGAGAACCACAUAAUCCGGGGCCAAGAGAUCACCGUGGAAGAGAUCGAUGAGGCGCUGAAUAGGAUCGCCUCCCGCUGCCGAUUCUCGGGUCCCAGUUUGCGGAGGCGACAGCGCGGUGCCGUCGAUGUCGAGGAGGCGCUGUCUCCUCUGUAUCGACGAUUGGCUAGUAGAGAUGCGAAAUGGUUGACGCGCAUGAUUCUCAAGAGCUUUGCGCCUGUUGUUCUGCCCCUGCCACUGACGCUAAGGAGUCUACACUUUUUGCUCCCUCAUCUACUUAUAUUCCAGGACUCUUUUGAAGCGGCGUUGAGCACGCUGGCGUCGCAGCCAAUGUGCAACUUCCCGCCACAUCCAGACCCGGAACUGGCUAGAAGCCUAAGGCUGAUAGCCCUGCAACACUUGACUCCACGAAUGGGGGUCAAAAUUGGAAGGCCGGAGUACUAUAAAGCUCGGAGUAUCAAGAAUUGCUGCCAAAUGAUUGGGCAGCGUCGGAUCAGUAUGGAGCGAAAGUACGAUGGCGAAUACUGUCAGAUCCAUAUAGACCUGAGCACACAUCCGAGCAUCCAGAUAUUCUCGAAGAGUGGGAAGGACUCAAAGGUGGAUAGGUCCGGAAUUCAUGACGUGCUCAAGGAGGCGUUGAGGAUUGGAUCUCCGGAGUGCAAGUUCUCUAGCCGGUGUAUUCUCGAAGGCGAACUCCUUGUGUGGAGUGACCAGCAUGAUAAAAUCAUGGAUUUUCACAAAUUGCGCAAAUUUAUAUCUCGGUCCGGCACUUUUAUAGGGACCGAAAACGAUUCACCACCACAACCAGAUGAACACCUAAUGAUAAUCUUCUUCGAUAUCCUUCUCCUGGAUGACAGUAUAUGCCUUAGAAAGCCACACCGGGAAAGGCGAUUGCUUCUUAAAGAAGUGACACAGAUCAUACAUGGUCGUGCCGGCAUCUCGGACCAACGAGUCCUAGACUUUUCCCACCCUGGCAGCCGAUCCACUCUAGAAAGCAUCUUCGCAAAAGGAGUUAGCAAUAAGUGGGAAGGGUUCGUACUCAAAGGGUGUGAAGACCCAUACUUCAAUAUAAUGUCUAGCACUAAUCACGCCCCGUCUGGCCGCUGGAUCAAACUCAAGAAAGAUUAUAUACCCGGGUUGGGUGACACCGUGGACUUAGCAUUAAUCGGAGGGGCUUACGAUUCUUGCGAAGCUGCUGCAUUGAAUGGCGCCAACAAAUUACUGUGGACGCGCUUCUUCAUCGGAUGUCUUCUCAACAAGGACGCCGUGUUGCAAUGCAACGCCGUGCCCAAGUUUCGCAUCGUGGAUACGAUCAACCGCCACUGCAUGAGCAUACAAAACAUGCAGCUCCUCAACCAGCUUGGAGAGUAUAGUGCCUGCAGUCCGGAAAGUGGGCACGGUUUUAAUAUAGAGUUCGGUCAUGAUACACUUCCCAGCAUGGACAGCGUUUUCAGGAAACCUUUCGUCGUGGAAAUGCUGGGCAGUGGGUUUGAGAAACCCUCAGGUGCAAGGUAUUUCGCACUUAGGUUUCCCCGAAUACUCAAAGUCCACUCCGACAGGACUUUUGAAGACGCUGCUUCGUUUGGAGAGUUGCAGGUGUUGGCUGAGCGCGCUCGAUCGCUCGUCCUUGAGGACAUGGCGCAAGACGAGUCUGAGUGGUCGAAGCGCGUUAAAAUAGGAAAUGGUUCUGCGCAAUACAUAACCAAUAGGUCACAGAGCACAAGCUCGUCG